GGAGGGUUUCCAGUUUCCAGGGGGAGAGCUGGCCAAGUCGGGGGCCGCACGCGCCCCGUGCCGCCACCCCGCACCCACUCCACACCCGUGUUUCCCUGGAGCUUGGCGUUUGAACGAUGAGCAUCCGCCUGGCUGGGCGAAGGUGUGAGGCUCCAGGCCUUAGGUACAAUUCUAAGAUAUUUUUAUUUGAGGAGGCAGGAUGAUGGAUUAAAGAAAAAGGUUUACCUUUUGGUGGAUCUUUAACCAGAUAAGAAUGCAUUUGGUCUCCUGGCCUGAUGAGCUGUAUUGUGGGAGCCAGAUUACUUCUCUUUAUCAUUCUAGUCAUGUCCUGUGAUGUUGACAGUUCCUUGAAAGUGGAAUAGUUGGAUCAAAACGGGUACACUUGUGAACUUUUAAUUCAUUGAUUUUACUACCAAAGAAGAAAUACAUAUUUCUGCCAAGGAAAUUCACAGUAUGGAUUGGAGAAGGGAAAAGAAUCUUCUACUCUCAUUCCUAACCCCUUUCCACUAGAGUUCUGCCUUGAUCUUUCACCCUUAGAGACGACUGGCAAGAGGACAAGGGAAUAAGUCUGUUCUCUAGGUGCCUGGAUCCAGGUAAUACAUGCUCACAGUAAAAAAGUAAACACAAAAGGAGAAUAUACAGUGAAAAGAAGUACCUGUGUUUUGACUCAGUUCCUGUGGAUAGCUGCUUGGUCUGGAGUUCCAGAAAGGAUUUUAUUCCCAGACAGUACCAAGAAGAAGCUGAUAGAGAAGUGGACAGGAAGAAGGUGAAUUGCCACCCCAGAAUAUUCAUUUGGAAACAGUGGUGUAGAAGUUGACCCAAUUUCAUAGGCUGAGAAAAAUCUUGACAUCUGAUUUUAGUAAUGGUCUUGAAUGGUUCACGUGUGCCUCGUAUUGGGCAGGUCCCUGAGUACUGACUGUCACAGGCUGCUGCGUCUUUCCUGUUGACUCAUGUUUGAUUCCUCCAGUGAAAAUUUUACUUACAAAAAUGCUGCCUCCAAAGCCCUUGUCUGCUACAAAACCUAAGAAGUUCUGGGCCCCAAAUCUGUAUGAGCUAGACAGUGACUUGACUAAGGAGCCGGAUGCCAUCGUAGGAGAAGGCCCAACUGACUCUGAAUUCUUUCAUCAGAGGUUUCGGAACUUACUCUAUGUGGAAUUUGUUGGGCCUCGGAAGACACUGAUCAAACUCCGAAACCUCUGCCUCGAUUGGUUGCAGCCGGAUACUCGCACCAAGGAGGAGAUCAUCGAGCUCUUAGUCCUUGAGCAGUACCUGACCAUCAUCCCUGAAAAGCUUAAGCCUUGGGUGCAAGCAAAAAAGCCAGAGAACUGUGAGAAACUUGUCACUCUGCUGGAGAAUUACAAGGAGAUGUACCAGCCAGAAGACGACAACAACAGUGACAUACCCAGUGACGACGACAUGAGCCGAAAUGGAGGAGAAACCCCACCACCUCGCUCGGAGCACUCUUUCAGCAGUGAUCGGGAUCAGGACCAUGACUGGGAUCAGGACUGGAACAGGAGGGGCAGAAGCAGAAAUGUAGAACCUCGAGACUGCUGGUCAUACCCCAGGAAUCCUAGAAGCAGGCUGCUUCAGCGAGAUCUUUCCCUUCCUGUGAUGGCAAAAACAAGUUUUGAAAUGGAGAGAGAAGAUGACAGGGACUCGAUGGAUUAUGAGCCCCCAUCCCAGGAUGUUGAGUCAUACCAGAAUGUCAUGGACCUUAACGAGGACAGGAAACCUCAGAAUCCAAUCCAGGAUAACAUGGAGAACUACCGAAAGCUGCUGUCUCUGGGAGUGCAGCUUGCUGAAGAUGAUGGCCACUCCCACAUGACGCAAGGCCACUCCUCAAGGUCCAAGAGAAGUGCCUACCCAAGCACCAGUCGAGGCCUGAAAACUAUUCCUGAAGCCAAAAAAUCAACCCACCGGCGUGGAAUUUGUGAAGAUGAAUCUUCCCAUGGGGUGAUAAUGGAGAAAUUCAUCAAGGACGUGUCACGAGCCUCCAAAUCAGGAAGAGCAAGAGAGUCAACUGAUCGUCCACAGAGGUUCCCCAGGAUGUCAGAUGAAAGCUGGAAGGAUGUUUCCUUCACCAAGAGGGAAUCAGUGAUUCAGGAGAGGGGUUAUGAAGGGAAUGAAUUUAGGGGAGGUUUUAGAUUUAACUCAAACCUUGUGUCUAGAAGGAGAGUUCUUGAAAGAAAAAGGCGCUAUCACUUUGACACGGAUGGGAAGGGCUCGACUUGGGAUCAGAGGGCCAGGAAGAAGCCCUUUGAAUGCGGUAGUGAGAUGAGAAAAGCUCUGAGCAUGAGCAGCCUGAGCAGCAUCAGCUCCUCGUCCUUCUCUGGGUCGCAGCCAGCUGACUUUGGAGCAAUGCCGUAUGUGUGUGAUGAGUGUGGGAGGUCAUUCAGCGUCAUCUCAGAGUUUGUUGAGCACCAGAUCAUGCACACUAGAGAGAACCUGUAUGAGUAUGGCGAAUCCUUUAUUCACAGUGUGGCUGUCAGUGAGGUUCAGAAAAGCCAGGCUGGAGGGAAACGCUUUGAGUGUAAGGAAUGUGGGGAAACUUUCAAUAAGAGCGCCACUCUGGCUGAGCACCGGAAAAUUCAUGCUAGAGAGUAUCUUGCAGAAAGUAAUGAUCAGGAAUAUGAGGAGGCCUUUAUGCCUAGCCCAACCUUCAGUGAGCUUCAGAAGAUCUAUGGCAAAGACAAAUUCUAUGAGUGCAAAGUGUGUAAGGAAACCUUCCUUCAUAGCUCUGCCUUAAUUGAGCAUCAGAAAACCCAUGGUAGAGGGAACUUCAGUGAUGACAAAGAUAAUGAGCGUGAGCGCCAGCGUGAGCAUGAGCGUGGAGAAGCCUUUAUGCCCAGCUCAGCCUUUAAUGAGUUUCAGAAAAUGUAUGGUAAAGAGAAAAUCUAUGAAUGUAAAGUGUGUGGGGAGACCUUCCUUCAUAGCUCUUCUCUGAGAGAACAUCAGAAAAUCCAUACUAGAGGAAACCCAUUUGAAAACAAGGGUAAGAUAUGUGAGGAAACCUUUAUUCCUGGUCAGUCUUUUAAAAGGCGUCAGAAAACUUACACUAAGGAGAAGCUAUAUGACUUUACAGAUGGCAGGGAUGCCUUUCUGAGCUCAGACAUCAGUGAGCAUCAGAAAAUUCAUUCUCGAAAGAACCUCUUUGAAAGCAGAGGGUAUGAGAAACCUGUCAUUCAUAACAUGCCCUUCACAGAAUCUCAGAAGAGCCAUACUAUAACAAGACCACCUGAAAAUGAAGAGGAGGAGAAGGCAUUCACUAUCAGCUCUAACCCCAGUGGGAACCAGAAAUUUCCCCUGAGAGAAAAUGUCUAUGAGAGGAAACCAUAUGAGAGGUCAGUUAUUCAUAGCUUAGCCUCUACGGCAGCUCAGAGAAGCUACAUUGCAGUGGGGCCCAGUAAACUGAAAGUGAUUGCAGAGUCUACCUUUCAGAGCUCAAAUGUUAUCAGCUAUCAGAAAAUCCGCACUGGAGGGAACACCUAUGAAGGAAAAGAAUACAAGAGAUCUGUAAUCCACAGCUUGGCUGCUCCCAGGCCUCUGAAACGUCACAUUGUAAGUGAUCUGGGUGGAUGUGAUGAGAGAGGAGAAUCUUCCAUUUAUAUCUCAGACCUUAGUAAUAAGCGACAGAAGAUUCCUGCCAGAGAGAACCCUUAUGAAAGUGAUGUGAAUAACAGUCAUGAGGACUCUGUUUUACAGAGUGUAUCCUAUGUCAGACCUCAAAAAAGCCUUGCUGGAGAGGGAUCUAGUGAAUUGAAACAGGAUGGCGAAUUUUCUGUCCCAAGCUCAAGUGUCCGCCAACACCAGAAAGCUCGUGCUAAAAAGAAGUACAUUGAGCAUAGGAGCAAUGAGACCUCUGUAAUCCAUUCCCUACCUUUUGGGGAACUGCAGCGAAUUCGCCCUAGAGAAAGGCUCUAUGAGUGUCAGGAGUGUGGUGAGUCCUUUGCUCGUAUCUCUGACCUCACUGAGCACCAGAAGAUUCACGAUAGAGAGAAGCCCUCUGGAAGUAAAAACUAUGAACAGUCUGUCAUUCGCAGCUUGGCCCCUACUGAUCCUCAGACAAGUUAUGCCCAAGAGCAAUAUGCUGAAGAACAAGCACGCAAUGAAUUUAAGUUCAGGCAACGCUUUACUAACAGCAACAACCUUAGUACACAUCAGAAAAUCUAUGCUCAAGAGAAGUCCCAUGGUGAGGAGCCCCGUGGUGAGGAGCCCCGUGGCAAAGAACCCCAUGGAGAGGAGACCCAUGGUGAACAGACCCCUGAGGAGAUGAAUCCUGAGGAGGAGACCCAUGGCCAGGAGACACCUGAGGAGGAGACCCGUGGCCAGGAGACACCUGGCAAGGAAACCCGUGGCCAGGAGACACCUGGCGAGGAAACCCGUGGCCAGGAGACACCUGGCGAGGAAACCCGUGGCCAGGAGACUGCUGGCCAGGAAACACGUGGUCAGGAGACUCCUGAUGAGGAGACCCGUGGUCAGGAGACUCCUGAUGAGACCCAUGGCGAGGAGACUCACGGCGAGAAGACACCUGGCGAGGAGACCCGUGGCCAGGAGACUCCUGGCGAGGAGACCCACGGCGAGGAGACAGUUGAAGAUGCUGUCAUUCAGGGUUCAGACUUGGAUGAGCCUCAGAAGGAUGACCCUGACAACACAAUCUAUGAAUGUCAGGACUGUGGGCUGGGCUUUGUGGAUCUCACAGACCUCACUGACCAUCAGAACGUCCACAGCACAAACACAAAAUGUCUCGUUGACAGUCGUGAGUACACGCAUUCUGUAAUUCACACCCAUUCCAUCAGUGAAUAUCAGAGAGAGUACACAGGAGAACAGCUCUAUGAGUGCCCAAAAUGUGGAGAAUCUUUUAUUCAUAGCUCAUUCCUUUUUGAGCAUCAGAGAGUCCAUGAGCAAGACCAGUUGUAUGCCCUGAAGGGAUGUGAUGAUGGUUUUAUUUCUCUCUUGCCUGUGAAGCCACGAAGGAAUCGGGCUGCAGAGAGGAAUCCCGCUCUUGCUGGGUCAGCCAUUCGAUGCCUUCAGUGUGGACAAGGCUUCAUUCAUAGCUCUGCCCUUAAUGAGCAUAUGAGACUGCAUAGGGAGGAUGAGUUACUGGAGCAGAGCGAGAUGGCUGAGGAAGCCAUCAUGUCAGGCCUAGCCCUCACAGAGUUUCAGGGAAGUGAAAGUGAAGAGAAGCUCUUUGAAUGUACAAUAUGUGGAGAAUGCUUCUUCACUGCCUCAGAACUUGGGGAUCAUCACAUAAAGGUUCAUAAAGAUGAGCCUUAUGAUUAUGGGCCCUCCUUCACUCAUACCUCAUUCCUCACUGAGCCUCUCAAAGGAGCUAUACCAUUCUAUGAAUGCAAAGAUUGCGGGAAGUCCUUUGUUCAUAGCACAGUCCUCACUAAACACAAGGAGCUUCAUCCUGAAGAAGAUGACGAUGAUGAUGAUGAUGACGACAGUGCCCAGGCAGUUGAAGCUAAUGUCAUCGUUCCACAAGAAGUUCUGCGGAUCCAGGGGUCAAAUGUAGAGGCUGCGGAGCCAGAGGUGGAGGCUGCGGAGCCGGAAGUGGAGGCUGCUGAGCCAGAGGUGGAGGCUGCUGAGCCAAAUGGAGAAGCUGAGGGGCCAGAUGGAGAAGCUGCAGAGCCAAAUGGAGAGGCUGAGCAGCCAAAUGGAGAGGCUGGAGAAGCUGAGCAACCCGAGGGAGAUGCUGACGAGCCAGACGGGGUAGGGAUUGAAGACCCAGAAGAAAGAGUGGAGGAGCCAGAGGGGGAUGCUGAUGAGCCUGACGGUGCAGGGGUUGAAGACCCGGAAGAGGAAGGUGAAGAUCAAGAGAUUGAGAUUGAAGAACCAUACUACAACUGCCAGGAGUGCACAGAAACCUUUACUUCCAGUGCAGCAUUUGGUGAGCACCUGAAAACUCACGCCAGUGUGAUCGUAUUUGAGCCUGCAGAUGCCUUUGGAGAGUGCUCUGGCUACAUUGAACGCGCCAGCACCAGCACCAGCACCAGCACCAGCACCAGCACCAGCACCAGCGCAGGUGGGGCCGAUCAGGCUGACGAGAAAUACUUCAAAUGUGAUGUCUGUGGGCAGCUCUUCAAUGACCGCCUGUCCCUUGCUAGACACCAGAACACUCACACUGGCUGAGUGUGAAGGCUGGAAAACCUUCACCUAGAACUUGAACCUUAUCACACCACAGAGUAUUCAGACCAACCUAUAAUAACCUCAUUAUGAAACUUACCUUAGUAUAGAGAUGACUGACUUAACAUCAGAUAACUCAGACUGAAAAAUGACUGGAGACUUUCAAUCUUAGCUCUCCCCAAUCAGACAUCAGCAUUUGCCUGUGGGAGAGCCAUAGUACAAAGCUUAACUUUUCAUCCAAGUAAGCAGAUUGAGGAAAACCCUGAAUAUUCAAGACCACAGAGAUUGCCCCCGACAAUUGUAAUGCUGCUCUUUUAACCUAUAUAUAAUGUUUCCUAGGGUAUAUAUAAAAUAGCGAGACGUAGCAAAACAGUGAUCACAUAUAUUUGGAUUUAAUAUGAUAUACAAUUAAAGUUUACUGUGCAAAGGUACCUUACCUGGUACUCUAGUUUUUUUGAUUUUUUUCUUUGGAGGAGGAAGAGAGCAACAAAUUAGAAUAUAUUUCUAAGUGUCUUAGAUCUUCAGAAAGAUUUAUUGUGCAUUAUUUGAACACUGUUGGUAUCUUUUUGAGUAAUCGUGUUUUGUUCCUUACCCUUAAUAGUCUUGUGAAGGUGUAGGCAUGAAAGAUAGCAUAUCUCUUACCAUGCUGUUUGAAAAGAGAAGUGCUUUUAGCUUCUUUCUGCAGCCAUUUUGUCUGCACUCACACCUUGGAACCUAACGUGUAAGCCUUUACAACAUGAGAAUUGGUGUUUCGUGACCCAAAUUACACAGUUACCACAUUGUAUGUACUUUCCAGUGAUUCUCAUGCAAAAAUAUUACAAGUUUGUUUCUUGUUUUACUUUGUUUUUAGGCUCAGUGUUUGUUAAAUAGUGAAUUCAUGAAACCUGAACUUUUUCCCUGUAAAUCUUACAUCUUUGCCUUUAAAGAAUGGGUUGCAACCAUCACUAGAUCACAGUAGUGCCUAAUGAAGGUUGAAAACCGCAAGAGAGACUCUUAUGCUGUACAUAAGGAUGCAGGCUAAUGACCUCUCAUCGCUUCUGCUGUGCGCUUCUGCCUUAAGUGACAAGUAGCAACGUGGCUAGGAUCGCCUGUGUGGCGUAGGAAUGUGCUGCCACCAAUUAGUUUGCACCCUGGGUGCCCAGGAGCUAGUAUCCUUAGAUCUUUCUAUCACUAAACUUGAUUGUCCUCUUCUUUACCUGUCAGAUCCUUUUACCCCAUGUCUAACUUGCAUUUUAAAAAAAAUUUAAAAACAGAAAACAAAAUAAAAAGCUUUCUUUACAGUCAACCCCAGCUUAACAUGUACUCAGGUUCCCAGCAGCCUUAAUUUGUUUCGUUGUCAUCUGUUCCUUUAAGCCCUCCCAAGUAUUUCUAAGCUAUCCAUUAGUGUCAUGUUUGUCUGAUCGCCUCAGCUUUCUUCUUAAUCACAAAUUGACCUCACAAGCCUGAGGUUUUGAAAACCCCUGUGUCUUUUUCUGUGGACCACCUGUGCUGUUUUGCUUCCCUUUCCCUCACAUAAUGGCUAUAUUAAGAAAUUUUUUGGCCUUGAGUUGGCUGAAAAAAAAUUUAAAAAUUUUAAAAAUCUUUAAAAAAAAAAGUGGAUCUCUAGAGUAAGUGAACAAAAGAUAAGUGCAGAUAACUUGAGCAAGCAAAAUUAAAAUAACCCUCUGGGGAGAAAUGUGUCUGAAUCUUACUCCCCUAGAUCUUUAGGAUUAGGGCUCACAGGGAGUGUGAAAACUGCAGGGAAUGCCAAAGUCUAGGGAGAUUGUGGAAAUGAGCAAGAAGCAACAAUGACUAAACCAAAGAAGGGAGUCCUAACGUUUCAGCAGACCUAGGAGGGAGAGGAGACAGACAAAAGAAAACACCAGCAGCAAGGGUCGGAGGGCCAGGUUAGUGGGAAUGAACUGAGUGGGGUGUCCUGGGCACUUUGGAAGAAGGGACGUUUCUGGUGGUGUGAUGUACGUGAGGGCCAGCUGCAUAAGAAGACCAAGGUUGGGACAAACAUCUGGGGAAAUGGGGAGUGAGGCACUGCGUUGGAAGAGGACUCUGGAAAAGGGAGUCAGUGUUGAUACCGUGAGUUAAGCUUGGUAGGUUCAAUAGUGUUGGCAGUGUUGAUCAGUAGACCCUUUUCAGAAAGUCACUUGCCAAGAAGUCAGUGUGUCCAUUCCAGCCUUAGGUUAAUGAGAAAUUAGGAACAACUGAAAUGCCAAACAAUAGGGGAAUGAUUAAGUAAAUGUGUCCUUGGACUCUUAUGCAGCUGUUUAAAAAUGAUAAUCAUGAAGAAUUAUGUAGCAGUGUAGAAAUAUAUUUACAGGAAUAGUAAGUGGAGAAAGCAGGACACAAAAUUAUAUUUAUACUACAAUUAUAACUGUUUAAAAACGUAUGCUUAUAGUCAAAAGCUGUUGUGUUAUUGUAGGCUUAUAGUUGAGCAUUAUUUUCUUAAAUUCCUUGAAUGUUCUUUAUGGUAGUGUUACUAAAAAGUUUAUGAUCAUGUUUCCAUUGUGAACACAAUUUGAACUAAUUAUCAAAAUUCAGAAAAAUUGGAGGAAAAAAUUUCAUAUCGCCACCAUCCAAAGGCAGUUACACUCUGCAGCAUCUUGUUUAUUCUAGUUUCUGUGCACAGGUUUAUGAUUAUAACUGUGUCAAAUAUGUAUUCAAAAGAGCUGUUAACCUUUGUAGAAUUAUCGUUAAAUACUUUAAUCUCAAUUUUUUUCAAAUGUUCUUUAUAGUAGUAUCCUGAUAACAAAGCUUAUUAUGUAUGUCUUUAACACAAGCAUAAUAGAUACCCAGAGGAAAAAUUAGAAAACACAGUAAAAUUAGAAGAAAAAGAAAUUCACCCAUAUUCCCAACACCCAACAACUACUGUUAAAAUCUUGAUCUAUUUCCUCCAUCUUGUUAAAGUGCACAAGCUUGUGAUUCUAACAGUGUUAAAUAUGUGUACGUAAAGUCUAAAAUGAAAAGAAAUGUGGAAAAUAAUUAAAACAGUAUUACCAUUAUGGGAUUAUGGUUAAAUAUUUUGUCUCAAAUUCCUUGAAUAAUCUUUGGUGUUUCGGUAGUAAAUUUUAUGUAUGUAAUUUUCCAUUGCUAAUAUAAUACAUACUCAUAGAAAAUCUUGGCAAAUUCAGCAAAGUAGAAGAAAAUUCACCCAUAUUACCAACACCCAGAAUCAACUAUUGUUAACAUUGUGACCUGUGAACCAGUUGUGAUUAUUAGGGUGUUAAUGACAAGUAUGUGUAUCAAAGAUGGGAAGAAAUAUGGAAAAUAAAAAAAUAGUUGUGUGGUUGUGGGAUUAUAGUUAAGUAUUUUGUCUUCAGUUUCCUUGGGUGGUCUUUAUAAUUGUGUUUUUGUAAUCCACCUUUAUUAACAUGUAUUUCCAUUAUAUAUGCAGUACGUGUUCAUUAUAGAAACUUUGAGAAAACGUAGACGAGAAACUCAUCCAUAUUUUCACCAGCCAAAGACCGUGUGCUUAACAUCGUGAUAGAUUUUUUUCAUCUUGUUUCUGUGCACAGGUUUUUGGUUUGUUAAUAUGGUUGUGAUUGUUCUAUCUGUAAUGGUGUCAACAAUAAAAAUAAAGUGAAAAUUA